GGAGACGAUGCCGCGGCUGGUAGCGCGAGAGUGCACUUCACCGAGAUAACGUUCGAUUGUGUAGAAAUCUGCCGAUAUCAGAGUCCCCGAAUGCACUUUGUACGGCAACAUCGUUAUACGGAGUGUCUAUUGUAAACGGUGACCUCGCGAGAGAAAAUAUGAUACCGUAAUGUGUUUUAUGCUGAGCUCAACUGGCAAGCAACCGCAGUAAUUGAGUGGAAUAAAACGUGCGGCGUGAAAAAAAAAUUCAUCAUGGAGAACACCUGGAGCGACGGAAUCGCCGGAGAACGAAAGGAUCUCGCUCCCAUAAUGGAAGAAGAGGACAAGGGACAAGCGAAAGGUUCGCAGUCGGACUCGUCGGACGCGGCGUCGACUAUAAAGCGCUGGAACAGUCGGUGGACACCCUCAGAGGGCUACGAUUCGUCGGGUACGUCGACCAACUCCGACGUGGGUGACGAGUACGUCGAGGAUAUCAGGGCGGACUUGUCCGAGCCGACAGUCGCGUGCCAGACGGCCUACCGUUCUCAGGAGUGUUUGUGCCAGGCUUGCUUACUCGGCUAUGCCAAAAUGAUAGCGCUUCAAGGCAGUAUGCCUAAUAUCUGUGCAGUAUCCAGCGGCAUGGCUAAUAUCUGCCCGUCUGCGACGACUGCGCGUCUGGCGAGUUACCCGUCUCUCUACGCGAUGCCGUGUUCAAGCGUUUCUAGCGAGCUCGCGCAUCACGCCGUUAAGGAACACGCGAGAAGCGUCGCUCAUUAUCCGCACGUUUGUCACCUGCAACAAGACCCGUUGUUCGCCAAGGAGCGAGAAAUACACGCAGGUAGCAGGACGAACAGUACGACAUCCCUGCCGGUAAGCUCGACGGGGAGAUGCGCCGGUUCUUUGGACAGAAGACGACGCCGAUUCCGCAGUAGAGUGGAUCGCGAUCAGAGAGCUAUGUCUCAUAGCGAUCUGAUCUGCCACGAGAGGGAUAGGCCGCAACACUACUGCUCGCUGCAACAGUUUCACUGCGGGAGCAAUAUGUGCAUAAAUAAUUAUCAUAGCAAGACCGAGGAACGAUUGAGAAAAUUGGAAAGCGAACGUGGUGCACUGCACAUGGAAGUGUCAGUUUUGUCCGAGCAAGUCGACGCACAAUCGAAUAAGAUUCAAGAGCUAGAGAGCUUGCUCCAAGAGAAGAAAGAUACUUUGAGGCAGAUGGAGGAAGCAUUACAGAAGGAGGUUCUAUCGAGGAGCGCUUUGGAGACACAAAAGUUGGAGCUUCUUACCUCCCUGUCUGAAAUGAAACUCAGACAAGCUAGUUUGGAGCACGAAAAUCUUUCGCUGCGCAGUACAAGUCCUUUAUCGAAUGGAGAACGAUUCAGCAGACAUACGGGUCAAUAUAGUAGUCUUCCUAGGCCACCGACGUCCAAGAAAGGCGUCGUAUUUGGUAAGGUUCCAAAUUUAGUCUCGGGAGCACAUACAACGGUACCUUUGGCCGUUAGGGGAGUCUCUGCGAGAUGUCUGUCUGCUCCUAUUUUAGCGGAGGAAACAAAAGUCGUGAUGUGUGAAACGAUCGCGCGAGUGGAAUUGUCACCACCAAAACCGCUGGCGGAACUCGGUAUGGAGGAGAUCGGUGAUUGGUUGUCUCGCCUUGGUCUGGAAUGCUAUACCGCCGAGCUGAGACGUUGGGGUGCCACCGGAUCGAAACUGCUCGACGCCACGCAGGUUCAACUGGAGAAAGAGUUAGAUAUAAAGAACUCUCUGCACAGGAAAAAGUUGCUUUUUGCCAUUGAAUCGGAGCGAAACAACGGCGCUGGAUUAUUCGGUUCUCAUAAGAUGGAUAACGCGGCCGUGUUACGAUGGCUAGACGAUAUUGGACUGCCGCAGCACAAAGAAGCCUUCCACAACGCCAAGAUCGAUGGUAGAGUUUUACACAGGUUGACUACAGAGGAUCUUUUGAACCUUGGAGUAGCUGCACAAUUACACGCCGCCAGUUUAAGACGUGGAAUUCAGGUUUUACGAGACUUGAACUUUGAGUUUGACAAUUUGGAAAGAAGAUCCAUUAACGGGAAUGGUGCUGAUGGUACAAACGUAACUUUCUGGACGAACCAUCGUGUGAUGGAAUGGCUGCGGGUCGUAGAUCUCGCAGAGUACGCGCCGAACAUGCGCGGCUCCGGUGUUCACGGCGGUCUUAUGAUCCACGAAGGUCGAUUCACUUCCGAGCUGCUCGCCACGUUGCUCAGCAUUCCACCGGCGAAGACUUUACUUCGUAGACACUUGACGACGCACUUUAAUCAGAUCCUCGGCAGAGACGUGGUUCAGCAAAAGCGCGAGAUAGAGAGCACGCUUGGAUUCGUUCCAUUGACGCUUACCGCUAGAUUAAAGGUACCAAAGAAAUCUCAAUUCACGCUGAAACGCAAGAAGAGUAAAAACGAGAUGGAUUUCGGCAACUUGGUUUGUCCAUUGGAGGCAUCGCCACCAGGUACCCCUUCAACGCCCUCGUCAACACCGGGCAGCCCUAACUUGAACUCACCCACAUUUUCUAACCACAAUUAAAGCUUCAUUCGGGUAAUCAUCUCAACUAACUUACUCGGAGGAUACUGGGCAAAGGAGAGUUAUAGGUUGCAUAUGAAGUCGACGAAUUGCGAGAGGAUAUAUUUCUAUGUAAAACGGAUACGUACAUGUCCAAAUAACCCGAGACAACGCGCGAAGAAACACCAGAAUCACCUGGGACCAGUUAUCCAUAACGUAACAUACAUACAUAAAAAUGUGCAUUUUGACAAGAAGUUGGGCAUAAACAAGAGCUAACUCUGACCACCGCCAAAGUUUCAUUAAUGCCGCCGGCUAAAAGAUCCCAUAAAAAUUAAUCGCUUUGAAAAGAAA